CACGCCAGGCCACACAAAUCUCUUUAAAUGAAUGAAAAAGAAAGUUGUAAAAGUUCUCUCUACUUAGGAAGCAGUGGAAGGUGAGUCUGCAGGCAUUUUAUUAUUUUUCUUAAGCUUUCAGAGCUUUUUAGAUGGGCAUUCAAACAGGCAGUGGAACUGCUGACUUGCUUUUUCUCUGGCCUUGCAGGGUGGGGAGCCGAAAGGGGGUCACUCAGCAAGAUAAGACUCUCGGCCCCCUGCACGAUAAGGCAAGGAUAACAGGAACUGACGUCAGCCAGGCGACCCAACCUGGCCAAGCAUUUCCUCUAGUCGGGGAACAGGGAUCCCAGCAGUCUCCAGGCCUCCCACAGCAGCCCAUGCGGCAAACUAGCUCAGAGCAGGGAGAAAGAAGAAAACCACUUAUCAUUUUUUUACAGGAGUGAGAGUGGGUGAUAACGUUCACGAUUUCCAAAAGCAGAUUUCUCUAAAGAGAACACUUUCUUCUUCUUGGGGGUGAAGAAAGUGAUUUUUUAAUAAAAGCGGAUGCUGAGACUGUUCGUAAUUUUACAUUGUCACAGAGUAGAUAUUUGUUUCACAGCUGUCAACGAUUUCCCUGCUGAUGCCUCUCAUAAGACAGUUUAUCUCGCGAUCACCAAAUAUCACCCACCCACAGAUCUUGCCAACUCUCCAUAUAGAACAAAAUGUGAGGGAAUUCACAUUGUCAGAGUUAAUCCCUGGUGCUCCUGUUUACUUUUGUUGUGGGUGGGGGAGGGAACGUUGUACUCAUCAGAUGACAACGUCCGCUGAAGCCAUUUCGUUUGCCACCAGCCCUGAAACUACCUAGCUGUUUUCCUCUCCUCUUUCUGUCUUCCUUUUCUGUUGAACCCAGACUUUUUUUGCCUUCCGGAGUAUCUCUGACUUGAGGUUUAGAGAAGGAGCAACCCAAAUGAAGGGGCCUUAUUUUAUUUUUUAAAAUUCACAGGUUCUCCUCUGUCUACUUUUGUCAUAAAGAAAGAUGGCUCCUUAUUUUUCAUGUUUUAGUACUGAACAAGGAGUUACUCUCCUAAUUUGACCAGUAUUUAGUGGAAUAUUAGUUUUUUUGUUGUUAUGCUCAAUUACUGUUCAUCACAGAUUAAAAUUUUACCAAAUCAGAAAAAAAAAAAAGCUAAAUUCAAAAUAACUGUGCAGGUAAGAACAAAUAAAAUGAAUACAUCAAUUAACUGGGAACAGAAGAUUUGGAUCACAUUUAUCCUAAUUUUUUUCCAAUUUCUGGAGCAAAUGAAGACCCGUAUAUUAGAUCUAUCUUCUCAAAAAUAUUAAAGCUUUCAGUGGCUACAGUACCUUUGUCAUGUCAUCAAAGUCCAUAAUUAUAAAAGGGCUGAUGAUCUGAAGGCUGUUUCAGCUUCAAAAGAUUUUUUAGGGUCUGGUCUAUUGGAAAGCUUGGGGGUAUAAUUAACUAAAAUGGAAAUGGAGGCAGCGAAAUUUAGUUCCUGAUGUUUUAAUUUAGCUCAGUACUGCCGUGUGUUAUUGAAGAGAAUUCUUAAAGGCAAACAUAAUUAUUUCAUUAUGGUCCUCAGAAUGCUUUCAUUGGCUUUAAUGACAAGAAGAUGUAUAAAAAGGCAUACAUUUUAAUUAGUCCUUAUAUUUACAUCAGAUAAAUAACAAAUAAUUGAUGAAAAACAAGUCUUUGGAAUGGAUGAUUUCACAUAGCGCGCUGGUUACAGUUUAAUGAUGAAACAUUUCUCCGUUGCUUUGCAUUUUAAUUAUCUUUACAUUACAUUACAGUAGCGGUGCCAUGGAGCUAAAAUAUCGUCAUUGCCAUUUUAUUACAAAAAAAAUCACGAUUAAUGCCUACAAAUUGAAGGCUCAAAAAGGUAGCUAGACACAUCUCCGAGGAAGUAAAUUGCCAGUUCCAUUAAUUUUACUACGUUUGUUAGAACUCAUUUUGAUCACUUUUAUCUUUUAUGCUUCAUCUUUUUGGGUUAAGACCGUCAAGGGUUUCACGUGCGUUUUUAUGACCACAUCUUCUGAACACCUUCCUUUCUCUCUUGCUGCCUGUUUUGAAGACUUAGGUGAAGGUGCUUUGCCAAAUGUGUGCUGGAAAUUCAGAGAGCCUUUUUCCAUGUUAUGGGCCGGUUUUUACCUUUGAUUUUAUUUUAUGAAAACCCAUUUCACAUGAUUCAUCCGUUUUGGUGUACAGAACACUAAUUGUUAUUAUUGAUUUUAAAUUCCGUGACCAUUACAAGUAACCCAGAUGACUGGCAGAUAAAGGGUAAUAAUCCAUGGAGUUCUGGAACUGUUUCAUGUUUGUCUGGAGUACUUUAUGUGAUCAAUAUUAACUGCCCCAUUGAAACUAACUGCUGUAUCAAAUAACAGUCAAUCAAAUGAAUGUGCUUAGAGAUUAUUUAUUGAAAGCUUUAAUUGUUCACUAGGGCCCUGCUUAUCAGAGGAAACAAUAGGAACUAGAGAUAGGAUGAACAGGUUUGGAUUUGCGGGGAAAGUUGGAGGAUGCAGAUGAACAAGGCAUCUCUCUGCUACUCAGGCAAGAGUUCCCAGAGACUCAUGUUGGGCUUAUAGUGGGUUUACAAAUACUCUUGCAGAGAUUAUAUUCUGUCCCUGGAAUGCCGUCUAGAGAAGAAGGUAUAAUAAUGGUUUUUUUGCCCUCAGCAGAGGCUGUGAAAAGUUGUUUCUUUGUUAAGAGUUUUCUUGCUGCUUCUCGCCACUCCUCACUCUCCUCUGCAUCUCUCUACCUCUGCUCCCCCGUUAUUGCCUGAUGGUCUGAGAGAAUGGAAUAACCUGGCUUGACACAGGAUGGAUUGUUAUAGCUAUGAAAUGGGAACAAUAGCAUCUACAUUGCAGGAUUUGAGGAAGGAUUAGAGAUCCCUUAAAUUAAGAUUCUAUUUGCGUCUUGAAAACAUGCGGAAGUCACAGAGUGGGCCUGCCUGCUCUGAUUUUGGCAAGACACUUGUGGCUUAUGUGUCUUUGCUGAGAGUGAACAGUAUUUUUUUUUUUUUUUGUAGUCAUAUCUAAAUUAGUAACCUCUUUUCCUCAGUGAAGUGGUUCCUCUGUCUAUAGCUCAUAACCUAGGUGACAGUCCUUUCUGUUAGUCAGGUGGCACUGUGGCCUGAUCCAGAGGCAUCAUUUACCAAACCCUCAGAUUCCAGACAAAUGAUUGACUUUUACAAGGGGCCGUUGUCACCUUCAAGGUUGUCACAACACACUUAGCCCAGAGAUGCUGUUGUGGCACAGUACAUUUUUAUUGCUCGCUGAUGGAUUAGAUCUUGCAGUGUGCCAUUCAACAAAUGGCUCUUGGGCGUCUGCCAUGUGCCAGCCUCUUUGAUAUGAUCUGUGGAGGGCACCGAGAUGAAUCAGACUCUGUCCCUGCUCUGUUUGGACUUACAAUGUAAAGGGAAGAGCUUGUGUACACAAGUUAUUGUGACACAGCCCCUUUAUUGACACCAGCGCAAAAGUCUCCUCAGGACUUUGAACCUGAGAUUGAUGAAGGAAAGAACUGAAUACCACCGAGAACCACAGAUGGCCCGUAGGCAGGUGAUCAAGUGACUUAUACAUUUUUGUCACAAUGGAGCAGGCAUAAAGUGCUUCUCUGUGUAGGCCUCAUAAGAUAAUCUCUAAAAGUAGCUCACAGAGAGGAGUUUUUUAGACCUAUCUUGAGCGAUGGAAUAUGUGCGUACCUUCCAAACUUGCUUCUUGAAGACUCUCACAUGGAUAUUUCUGGACAAUUGAAACCCAGAGCACCAGCUCUGAGGAACUCGUCCCGAGCCCUCCGUCUCCACUUCCUCCCCCUCGAGUGUACAAACCCUGCUUCGUCUGCCAGGACAAGUCAUCAGGGUACCACUAUGGGGUCAGCGCCUGUGAGGGAUGCAAGGGGUUUUUCCGCAGAAGUAUUCAGAAGAAUAUGAUUUACACUUGUCACCGAGAUAAGAACUGUGUUAUUAAUAAAGUCACCAGGAAUCGAUGCCAGUACUGUCGACUCCAGAAGUGCUUUGAAGUGGGAAUGUCCAAAGAAUCUGUCAGGAAUGACAGGAACAAGAAAAAGAAGGAGCCUUCGAAGCAAGAAUGCACAGAAAGCUAUGAAAUGACAGCGGAGCUGGACGAUCUCACAGAGAAGAUCCGAAAAGCUCACCAGGAGACUUUCCCCUCGCUCUGCCAGCUGGGCAAAUACACCACGAAUUCCAGUGCCGACCAUCGAGUCCGACUGGACCUGGGACUCUGGGACAAAUUCAGCGAACUGGCCACUAAGUGCAUUAUUAAAAUCGUGGAGUUUGCAAAACGUCUGCCAGGCUUCACCGGCUUGACCAUUGCAGACCAGAUCACCCUGCUGAAGGCCGCCUGCUUGGACAUCCUGAUUCUUAGAAUUUGCACCAGGUAUACCCCAGAACAAGACACCAUGACUUUUUCAGAUGGCCUUACCCUAAAUCGAACUCAGAUGCACAAUGCUGGAUUUGGUCCUCUGACUGACCUUGUGUUCACCUUUGCCAACCAGCUCCUGCCUUUGGAAAUGGAUGACACAGAAACAGGCCUUCUCAGUGCCAUCUGCUUAAUCUGUGGAGACCGCCAGGACCUUGAGGAACCAACAAAAGUAGAUAAGCUACAAGAACCAUUGCUGGAAGCACUAAAAAUUUAUAUCAGAAAAAGACGACCCAGCAAACCUCAUAUGUUUCCAAAGAUCUUAAUGAAAAUCACAGAUCUCCGCAGCAUCAGUGCUAAAGGUGCAGAACGUGUAAUUACCUUGAAAAUGGAAAUUCCUGGAUCAAUGCCACCUCUCAUACAGGAAAUGCUGGAGAAUUCUGAAGGACAUGAACCCUUGACCCCAAGUUCAAGUGGGAACACAGCAGAGCACAGUCCCAGCAUCUCACCCAGCUCAGUGGAAAACAGCGGGGUCAGUCAGUCACCACUGGUGCAAUAAGACAUUUUCUAACUACUUCAAACAUUCCCCAGUACCUUCAGUUCCAGGAUUUAAAAUACAAGAAAAAACAUUUUUACUGCUGCUUAGUUUUUGGACAGAAAAUAUGUUAAAACUCAAGAAGGACCAAGAAGUUUUCAUAUGUAUCAAUAUAUAUACUCCUCACUGUGUAACUUAGAAAUACAAACUUUUCAAUUUUAAAAAUCAGCCAUUUCAUGCAACCAGAAACUAGUUAAAAGCUUCUAUUUUCCUCCUUGAACACUCAAGAUUGCAUGGCAAAGACCCAGUCAAAAUGAUUUACCCCUAGUUAAGUUUCUGAAGACUUUGUACAUACAGAAAUAUGGCUCUGUUCUUUCUAUACUGUAUGUUUGGUGCUUUCCUUUUGUCUUGCAUAUUCAAAAUAACCAAGACACCAAGGUUAUGAAACAGACUACUGUACAUGUCCACCUAAGAAAGGUUCAGAAAGAUAACUGUCUUGCUUUCAUGGAAUAAUCAAGACAUCAAGGUAAGAAAACAGGACUGUUGUACAGUAUGACAAGAUGAUAAGACUAAAGAUAUUCUAAUUUAGUUAGUAUGGAAGCUUGUCCUUGCUCUUUUUGAUGCUCUCAAAUUGCAUCUUUUAUUUCAUGUUGCCCAGUAAAAGUAUACAAAUUCACUGCACUAGCAGAAGAGAAUUCUGUAUAAGUGUAACUGCCAGUUCAGUUAAUCAAAUGUCAUUUGUUCAAUUGUUAAUGUCACUUUAAAUUAAAAGUGGUUUAUUACUUGUUUAAUGACAUAACUACACAGUAAAAAAAAAAAAAUACAUUUUUACAGUAAUGAUAGCCUCCAAGGCAGAAACACUUUUCAGUGUUAAUAAGUUUUUGUUUACCUGUUCACAAGCCAUUAGGGAAAUUUCAUGGGAUAAUUAGCAGGCGGGUCUACCACUUGGACCAUGUAACUCUAGUGUCCUUCCUGAUUCAUGCCUGGUCUUGGGAUUUUUUUCCAGCUGCCUUGAUGCCAAGGGGCUAACAUUGAUUCCCAAAGACAUGGGCAUAGGAUCUGCCUCCUUUGACCUUGUUCAAUCACUAUGAAGCAGAGUGAAAGCUGUGGUAGAGUGGUUAACAGACACAAGUGUCAGUUUCUUAGUUCUCAUUUAAGCACUAGUGGAAUUUUUUUUUUUUGAUAUAUUAGCAAGUCUGUGAUGUACUUUCACUGGCUCUGUUUGUACAUUGAGAUUGUUUAACAAUGCUUUCUAUGUUCAUAUACUGUUUACCUUUUUCCAUGGAGUCUCCUGGCAAAGAAUAAAAUAUAUUUAUUUUAAA